AUGACGCGAAAGACAUACAUGGGCAUGAGUGGCAGUAACCUCAACUGGGCCAUUAGCACCAUUGCAGGAUGCGACUUUCUGCUCUUUGGUUACGACCAGGGUGUCAUGGGCGGUAUCCUCACACUACCUAUCUUCCUCGACCAGUUCCCUCAGAUCAAUGAUCUUGCCGACGCUCGCAACAUGGCCCAGCUGCCGGGCACCCGCUCCCAGCGCAGUCUCAACCAGGGCAUCGCCAUCGCCUCCUACAACCUUGGUUGCUUCCUCGGCGCCGUCAUCACCAUCUUCAUCGGUAACCCCCUCGGCCGCCGCCGCAUGAUCUUCCUCGGCACCGCCAUCAUGACCGUCGGCGCCGCCCUCCAGGCAUCCGCCUUCACCAUCGAGCACUUCAUCAUCGGUCGCAUCAUCACCGGCAUCGGCAACGGAGGCAACACCUCCACCGUCCCCAUGUGGCAGUCUGAGACGUGCUCCUCGCACAAGCGUGGCAAGCUCGUCAUGAUUGAGGGCGCCCUUAUCACCUUUGGCAUCAUGGUCUCGUACUGGAUCGAUCUCGGCCUGUCCUUUACCGACUCCUCCGUCUCCUGGCGCUUUCCCCUCGCCUUUCAGCUCGUAUUUUGUAUCUUCAUCCUGGCCUUUGUUCUCGGUCUGCCCGAAUCCCCGCGCUGGUUAAUCCUCAAAGGCCAGGAGGAUGAGGCACGCGCCGUCAUAGCUGCCAUUGCCGACAAGGAAAUAGAAGACCCCUUUGUCGCCAACGAGUUCCGCGCCAUCAAGGACACCGCCGUGAAGAGCGCUGGCGGCUACGGUGAAGUCUUCCACAUGGACGAGAACCGCACCCUGCACCGCACCAUCCUCGGCUACGUCAACCAAAUGUUCCAGCAAAUCUCGGGCAUCAACCUCAUCACCUACUACGCCGCCAAGAUUUACGCCGACCUCGGCAUGAGCCCCUUCCUCGCGCGCCUGCUCGCCGCCCUCAACGGCACCGAGUAUUUCCUUGCGUCCUGGCCUGCCGUUUUCUUAGUUGAGCGCGUCGGCCGCCGCAAGCUGAUGCUCUUUGGCGCCGUCGGCCAGGCCUGCACCAUGGCCAUCCUAGCCGGCGUCAACUCGCACAAGACGGAUGCGAGCCGCAUCGCCGGCGUCGUCUUCCUCUUUGUAUUCAACAGCUUCUUCGCCGUCGGUUGGCUCGGCAUGACCUGGCUGUACCCGGCCGAAAUUACCCCCCUCCGCACGCGAGCCCCCGCCAACGCGCUGUCGACCUCGGCCAACUGGAUCUUCAACUUCAUGGUCGUCAUGAUCACCCCCGUCUCCUUCACUAACAUUGACUACCAUACCUACACCAUCUUUGCUGUCAUCAACGCCAUCAUGGUGCCCUCGGUCUACUUCUUCUUCCCCGAGACGGCCUACCGAUCCCUCGAGGAGAUGGAUAGCAUCUUCCGCAAGGUCACGGGGCUGCGCGGUGCGCUCGACGUCGUCAAGGUGGCACGCGAGAUGCCCCACCGCUAUGGCAAGAAUGGAGAGCUGCUCAUUGCGUUUGAUGAGUCAACGGAGAAGGUGCAGGCCGAACACGCCAGCGGCAGUGUCAGCGAUGGGAGCGGCAACAACAACAACACCAUGUUUACCAAGACGGAUGAGGAGACAUCGCGUCCUCGGGAAAAGUAA